AUGACACAAGCUGAUAUCCCGAGCAGAGAAGGCGUCGGUCUGUCCCUCCUCUUCAAGGCAGUUAAGGACUGGGAGCAAUGGCCCCUGUACCUCAUCGGCUUGACGGCAUAUAUCCCGCCCUCGCCGCCCAGCACGUACUUAUCUUACAUCCUGCGGCAACUGGGAUUCUCCACGUUCCAAGCAAACCUCCUCGCCAUCCCCUCGCAGUUCUUCACCUGGAUCAGGUAUGCCCCGCUGACGGGCCUGCUGAGCUACCCGUACUGCCACGCGAUCCUCGUCGGCUGGAACGCCAAGAACGGCAACGCGGUGCGGACGAGGGCCGUCAGCGCCGCGCUGUACAACAUGUUUGUGCAGGCGGGCAACAUCGCGGCGUCCAACAUCUACCGCGACGACGACCGGCCGCUGUACCGCCGCGGGAACAAGAUCCUUCUCGGCAUCUGCUGCUUCAACAUUGUGCUGUUCUACUUGGUCAAGGCCUUUUACAUCUGGCGCAACAAGGUCCGCGACAGGCGGUGGAACGCGAUGACCAAGGAUCAGCAGGAGGACUAUACUCUCAACACCACCGACGAGGGACAAGGGUGGAACAACACCUUUUGGGCCACGCACGAUGAGCAUUCUUCCUGGGACAAGAGUGCCCCGGACCUCGUUGGACGUCAACCAGGAAUUGUCCCGUCACCGGCGACUACUUUGCCUGGAUUCUGGCGCAGGAAAACGAGCCCCCCUUUUCCCGGAGUCGCCGACUUCUGGCGCACAGCAGUGGGACGUGGCGACGUUGGGUUUCCGUCCAACGCCGAGAUCAUCGAGUGGCACGAAUGGGCGCGUUCGAACAGGACAGGACUGGCUGGCGACGUGAGCCGCGCCAGGCCCUGCUUGCCAGAGGUGUGUCGAUCCGUCGGCUCAAAGGUUGAUGGAGGUCUCGCAGGGUUCGGGUUGCUCGCCUCGUACGGCUUUGAAGUCAUCAUGUUGACAGUCUACUGCCUGUUUGCGGUCUGGCGGUCCUUCAGCCGCCGCAAGCCUGCAGACAACACGUCCGAGAAGCCCGACGCGCCCGCCCCGGAUGACAAGCUCGGGCUCUCCGCGCGCGUCGGCGAGGUCUUGCGGUGCACGACUUACGACUUCUUCACCGCCGCCGCCUUCCUCUCCCUCGGGAUCCAGUCCGCCCUCAUCGUCUCCGCCGCCGCCUUCUACCCGCUCGCGGCGAUGCUCCCGCUGAUCCUCGCCUCCGCCCGCCGCGGCUGGCUGAAGGGCGCCGUCCUCGUCGCCCUCUUCGUCAUCCACACGGCGGCGUGGGUCCUGUGCAUGAACAGCACGCAGGCCGCGGUCGAGGCGGCCAUGUUCACCAUGGCCGCCACGGUGUGGAUGCCGCCCCUCUUCGGUCUCUGCCUGAGCGUGGCGCUCUGCUUCUAUCGGUGCAACAACCGCAAGAUGUGGCAGGUCAAGUGGCUCAACAAGGUCGCCGGCUGGGCCAUGGUUCUGUAUGCUGCUGCUAAUUUCAUCUGCAUGUGGGGUGCCUGGAUCGUUCUCGUUGUCUUCUUCAACAGUACGCCGCCGAGAGCUGAGGAUGUCUGGAGUCUAGGCCAGGCCCUGGCCCUCACCCCAUGGAUACCGGUGAUACUGGAGUUUGCCUCCGUUCUGUUCUUGGGGGCUGAGGCUGGCUUCGCCGGCCGCCUGCCCCUUGAGUUCCGGGUGGUGCGGCAGGAGAAGGCUCUUCGUCAACAAGAGGACGCCGCUUUCUUGGACGAUGCUCGUGUUUAA